GAAGGAGUUACUGUAAGUUAUGUAACGGCACUGAGUGUGAACACAUUGUCCAUUCAGGGGAGCAGCCAUUUCCCGGUGCUGCAUUCACAUAGGCCUGGAGCAGUGAGCACUCUGAAGCAAGGUUGGAGACUGGAUGUGCCUCAACAUGGGAAGAUGGUCCUAUUCUCCCUGCUUCUGUUGGUUCCUGCUAGCUUGUGAUUGGCUUGGCAAUUUGAGGCUGUGUGCAGAAUUGCACAAAAUACAAGAGUCAUGUCUCUCCAUGUGGAGCUGAGAACAGGUUCUUCCAGUAGCUCUGCCAGCAGAUCUCCAGAACGCCAGCAUGUUGCAAGCCCCAAUAAACUAAAUCCUACACGAUCUGAUGUCACCAUUAAAUCACAGUGCCGACUUUCUCCCAACCCAAUUGUUCGAAGAUCCCACGUACAGAGACGCAGUUUGCCUUCAAAUACAAAGAUGGAUUUCUUGGGUUUUCCUGACAGCAAAAAAUCCACAGUUUCACUCAUCCGCACACGCUCAGAGACCAACCCCCUUUGUGAAAAAUUUCCUACCAGCCCAGGUAGGUCAACUGCCCCAACCUCGCCAGUGUGCAUUAGGACAAAACCAUUUUGCCCCCUCAAUGUGAACAAUACAAAAGCAGUGUCCGGAUUUGGUCCUGAAGGAAAGAGCUCUGUUGUUACAUUCAGUUACAUUGAAAAAGCCAGAGUGAAAACUGUCAAUCCAUUCAGUGUGUCCGUCCUUCCUCAGCAAGCAAAGAUUACUGCCUCAGGUCAGCAUUCCUGCAUUGGAAGAAAAAGCCCCCAAACUGGACCCAAAGUACAGCAGGGGGUUGCUACAAAGAUAGUUCAUACAAGGAGUUUGGACACAGAAACAAAUUCAAUGACUGCAACCACCUUGCAUAGACCAUCCAGUGACAAUGGCUUAGCUUCCACACAAGGCUCCAAUCCAUCAGAAGGGAGGGAAAUCUCAAAGAGCUUGUGCGAUAAACAGGCUGACCCUUGUGUGUGGCUUGGAGAACACUCUGAGCUUGCUCAGCGCAUUGCAAAAGCUAGACGGGAAUUCUUUUAUGGAAUAUUAGAACCACAAUUCAAAGCUAAUGCUAAAAAUGAGCAUUCACCAACUGAUGUUGCAACCAAUGAAACACGAGAGAACAAUUUGAAGGUACAUUCUACUGAUGGACCUUCUGGGGAGCAGCAGCACAGUGUCAAAGAGAGCUCAACUGAGAUUAGUGUUGUGAAAGCCACAUCUUCUUCAAAUGGGACUUCAAGAGAAAGUGAACCAAGAACCACAAGAGCGAAUAAGUACUCGGAGACUGAUCUGGAUGCUGCACCAAUCAGGUGUUAUCAGGAAACCAACCUGGACGAAGUCAUGGCAGAAGAUAAUGUAACGAGUCCAGAACUACCAGGACAAAGUAGCAGCAUUCAUCAUUCAACAAAUCCUGAUGAUAGUGCUCAGAUUGAUCGUGAUGUUGAUUUCGUCAGCCGCUUGCCAGCCGGAACUACCGGUAAUCUGCAUGAGUAUGGAGACAAGCUGAAUUCUGAUGCUGCAGGAGAUGAGGUGUUUUCACAACCUGAGUCUGCAACUGACAACAGAUCACCAGACAGAGAUGUCAAAAACAUGCUUCCCUCUAUUGCCUCAAUUUAUAUUGUCCGUCGCUUGUCUGAGGAUGGUACUGAUACUUUCAGCAAACAGUUUGAACGCAUCUUGGAGUCUCAUCGUGCCAAAGGCACAUCUUAUACCAGCCUGGACUCAGUGGAUGUUCUGUCAUCUCCAGCUCGGAACCAUGAGAAUUAUUUCACCUUUGACUUGCCAACUCUGACUCCAGCAAUCCAGGAACAGAUUAAAGAGAGUGCCCGACUAAUUGAACAGAAUUUUUUGCCGUGCGCUCAUGCUCAUGAUGAAUCAUGUGCAACUUCUACCCAUGGUUCUGACUGGCCAGGUAGCCCCAGGCGCAAAGAGAUAAGAGCGCAGAGAAAUCAAAAUGUCAGUCCGAUGGUGGUUUACAGUAAAUCUGAGAACUUACUGACCAGGUGCCAGCUGUACAGAGAGGACAACUUUAUCAAAGUGGAAAUAGAAGAUAACGAUGAGCGAAAAUCUGAUUUCUCUUCCAGCUGCUGCUGGGCUAUCACCAGAGAGGGAAGAGGAAGUGACGAUGGUGAUUCCAGUGAUGGUAAUCUGAACCACCUGACCACGGACACAGAGUCUGAGAUGGACAGCACAGAGCAACUGGCACUGGGAAGCACUGACACGCUGGCCAAUGGCAACAAGAGCGAUCUGGACGCUGCCAAACGGUUGGCAAGGCGACUCUAUAACUUGGAUGGAUUUAAGAAAUCAGAUGUGGCUCGUCACCUGGGAAAGAAUAAUGACUUCAGUAAGAUGGUGGCAGAGGAAUACCUGAGAUUUUUCGACUUCACAGGAAUGAGCUUGGAUCAAGCCCUCCGGGCAUUCCUAAAGGAGUUUGCACUUAUGGGAGAAACACAGGAGAGGGAACGUGUGCUGAUCCAUUUUUCACAUAGAUAUCACCAGUGCAAUCCUGGUAAAAUCUCUGCUGAGGAUGGUAUACACACAUUGACUUGUGCACUGAUGCUACUGAACACAGACCUGCAUGGACAUAAUAUUGGAAAGCGAAUGUCCUGUUCUGAAUUCAUUGGGAAUCUGGAAGGAUUGAAUGAUGGCAAAGAUUUCCCAAAGGACCUACUGAAGGUUUUAUACAGCUCCAUUAAGAAUGAAAAGUUGCAGUGGACAAUUAAUGAAGAAGAAUUGCGGAAAUCCUUGUCUGAGCUGGCAGAUGACAGGACAGAUCCCAGCUUAAAAGCAAUGAAAAGGAUUAGCAGUGGCAGCAAUCCCUUCCUGGAUAUCAUGCAGGAUCCUAAUGCUGCCACGUACAAACAUGGCUUUCUGGUGCGCAAGGUGCAUGCAGAUUCCGAUGGGAAGAAGACUCCUCGAGGAAAGAGGGGCUGGAAAACCUUCUAUGCCGUGCUGAAGGGAAUGAUCCUCUAUUUACAAAAGGAUGAAUAUAAAUCAGACAAACAAUUGUCAGAUGAAGAUUUGAAGAAUGCUAUUAGUAUUCAUCAUUCACUGGCAGAGCGAGCAUCUGACUACAAGAAAUCCAAUGUCUUCUACUUAAAGACAGCUGACUGGCGAAUAUUCCUUUUCCAAGCUCCGAGUCCUGAGAUGAUGCAGUCCUGGAUCACGCGGAUAAACCUAGUGACGGGCAUGUUUUCUGCGCCGCCUUUUCCAGCAGCCAUUGGUUCCCAGAAGAAGUUCAGUCGACCUCUUCUUCCAACAACAACAACCAGGCUUUCUCUGGAAGAACAGGUGAAGGCUCACGAAGCCAGAUUGAAAUCGAUGACUGUGGACCUGGCUGAGCAUCACUCGUAUCCUCCUGACAAGAAGGUGAAGGGCAAAGAGUUGGAGGAAUAUAGGCAGAAAGAGGACUACUUGGAGUUUGAGAAAGUAAGAUUCAGUACGUAUGUCCUGCUUCUCUGUGCGAAGCUGAAAGCAGGAACAGACGACCUGGACAAGUUUGAAUCUACCCUGUUUGACACUGUGGAGAGUGAAGGGAACGGCUUGAAGAAGUCUCGCUCGAGCCCAUCUCUGAACCCGGAGCAGCCGAUCAUCACCAUCAGGGUCAAAAGAAACACCUCGGAGCGCAGAAGCUAUCGACAGGCCAUCAGCACGAAGCACAAGUUAUAACAAACUGUUAGUUGAGCUUUGCAUCGAGACUCGCUAGCUAGCUUGUGACAUUCAUUUAAAACUUAUGAAUUUAGAAUAGUGCCAAUGGUAGCUGCUCGUGUCAGUUGGAGCUUGUCUGGUUCAAGGCCUGCUCAGUGAAUGGCAGGUGAGGUUUUCUCUUGAGAAGGAUGUGCAUGGUCUGCGUGACAGAUACCAAGACCAGGACACUGUGAUGGAAGGGAAGCCCUGGUUCAAAAGGUUCAAUGAUAGGCCUCUGGAAUACCAUCAGCUGCUGUGGAUUUGAAGACUGCUGAUGCUUAUGCCCAGGUCUAGGAGAAGACUUGUCAAGGCUUCAACCAAUUAAAAUUUUAUUUCUGAUCCUUUAUCAAAACUUUUUGGAAAGGUUCAGCUAUUCUGGUUACAGCUCUUUGAGUGCUAGCGCCUUGAGAAGCUGCUGUAUUUCUGUUGGCUCAAUGAUAGACCCUGUCUCUAACAUGCCACUGAGACAGACUCAGAUGUUCACUGAUAAGCUUUGGUGGGGCGGCUACAAUUUUAAUGUGGGUGGGACUUGCUAUGCCUUUGCAGCGCUUCUUGGAUAUUGCAGCAGACGUGACAGAUUGAGCUUCGACUGCCUGUACUCCCAUGUACUAACUACUGACAAUCGCACUCACAUCAGUGAAGAUUCAAUAGUCUUGUGGUGGAAAGUAAUGAUCUAUUUAUGUGUGCUUUGCUUUUGUUUUCCUCCCUCUUUCUCUUGCUACUAGAACCUGCAAUUUUUUUCCCCUAAAUGUUAAAUUAUUAUGAAUUAAAGGCACAGAGUCAACCUAA